AUGCUUCUGCGAUUAUUGAUAUGCUCGCUGUUGUUGGCAACCGUCAUAUGCCAAUCUUUAAUGGAGAUUUACAAGGCAAUGAUGGAAGAUCAAGCGAGAAGAUUGGCGACUAACCAGAUUAAUAUCGAAAUAUUUGGAGAAGCAUCGUGCCCAGAUACUAACAGGUUUUUCCGUGAGCAAUUGAUGCCGGUUUGGAAUGCAUUAGGUUCAACGAAUAUGCUAAACGUCUCAUAUCAUCCGUUCGGAUUGGCAUCAUGUUUGACGAGUUCGGACGGAAUCAAGUGUCGAUGCCAACACGGACCAAUUGAAUGCCAAAUGAAUCAGCUUCAAGCUUGCGUCAUAAGCGCUUUAGGAAUUCCACAGCUCUACCUUCCAGUUGUUGCUUGUCUUCAAGGAAAACGAAAAAUGGUCAAAGCAGUUGAAGAAUGCAUUGUAAACGUGGUGCCAAGACCUAAUUUGGAUGAGAAUUUCAUGAUGAGUUGUGCUCAGAGUCAGCUUGGUGCUAAAUUAAUGAUGGAGCACGGGCGUAUCCAAUCCGGUAAAGCCGACUACGUCAAUUGGGUUCCUUGGAUUAUUAUAAACGGCCGAAGAUCGCAGGCAGCUGAACAUCAGCUCAAAACCAUAGUAUGCUCUACGCCAGAGUCCGCGAGAUACGAAUAUUGCCAAAAUCCUUCGCAAAAGAAGAAGAAUGUUGCUGUAAUUUCUGUGAGAUACUGGUAA